AAACAUAUAUAUUUUACUAUAACGGGUGUCCUGCGUGUUUGAGCUUGUUUCGGGACUUCCGUUGCUAGCGAAGCUACCCGAUAUCCGAUAAGACCGUUAACGUAUGUCUGGAGAUAUGUAAAAGAUCACACAUUUCCUUUCAAAUAUAGUCAGAAGGCCAUCAUGGUGGAUUAUCUGUCCCGUUACAGAUUAUACGGCCAUGGAUACACUUCACCGGAUAUUCGUUCCAGUGUGCCAUCGUUAAAAGAGCUGUAUCACGAACGAUCUCCGUAUAUAUUCCACAGAAGACCAAAGGCACAUGACUGUCGACAAGAAUCCAUGAAAGAUUUGAGAGAUCGGCGGGAAUGGGAAGCUUGGGUAUUAGCAAAAGGAUUAGCCGAAACUAGAAAAAGCACGGACAGUUUAAGAGUGAAAAAAAUAGAGAAAACAGAAGAUGGCAUUAAAAAGCCAAAUAAAUUAUUGUUCAACAUUGGGUUACGAGGCAGAGCCGAAGGAGAUUUUAACUACCCACGAGGCUUGGCAGCAACCAUAGAUUCCGCUAUUUUGAUAGCGGACACAAAGAACCACAGAGUUCAAGUAUUAAACCAGUUUGGCGUAUUAAUGAGGGCUUUUGGAAAGCGCGGUUUUAAAGAGGGACAGUUCAACGAACCAACUGGAGUAACAGAAUUACCGAACUGCGACAUUGCAGUAGCCGAUAAAAAUAACAGACGGAUUCAGGUCUUUUCUUCAAAAGGGAAUUUUAAAUACCAAUUUGCGACUUCACACGAACCUUUUAGUAUUUCUUGUGACAAAAGUUUCAAUAUUGUCGUUUGUACAUGCGCUCGAACGAUAGAAAUAUACAGAAGAGGAGGAAAACUUUUGCACAAUUUCCCCCUCGGGGGAUUUGAAAAGACUAAAGCAGGGUGCCAAAUAUGUGUGAAUAAUAAAUCGGAAGUAAUAGUUUGUGAUACGAUUGACUGUUUAAUUAAAUAUUUUACAUACGACGGCAGACUCUUGUACAGAUUUACACCUCAGCCUACGGGAGAGGGAUUAUCAAUUGUUCCAUCGGGAAUAUGCAUCGAUAGAACCGGUGACCUUGUUGUUACAGACUCUCUCAACCAUACCGUCAAUGUUUAUUCUGAAAGAGGAGCGUUACUGAAACAAGCUAUCUGUCCUGCUGAUGCAGCCGGUCCUGUACAAACAUGCGCAAUAGGCGAGGAAGGUCACUUGAUUGUUACAGAAUUCAGCAUUGCCGGACCACAUUGUGUCAAAAUAUUCAGAUUCAGAUCAUGUUAUUGUCAUAUAACACGUCCUGGAUCUAGUAAGCGCAGGACGCCGACGCCAAAAUUUGACAAAGAAGGACUGACGAUUCCAAAUUAGUAAAUAUUUUUACGUUUCUAAAGUGAUUGUCCUUUUCUAUUCAAGAGAAAUUUUCAAGACGAAAGUGAAAUUUUCUGGCUUAUGAGGGUGACAGAUCGUAGUUAAAUAUUUGCUUCUUAAAACAAACCUUGUAUAAAAUAACAUUGAAAAUAUAUAUAAUGAAAAGAGAACAAGGUUAUAAAGAACACGUUUCUUCUGUUCAUUUCUGAUUGACAGGUAUUUUAUCAACUAUCAUUAAAGGACAAUCGAAAUUGGUUCAAUAUACCGGUACUUUGAACACGAUCAGAAGAAAGGUGCAAACAACCGUUUAACUUUGACUGAAUAUCAAAAUGUCAAAUGUAUUUUUAAACGCUUUGUAGUAAAAAAUGAAAAUAAUUUUACAUGGAUAUUUUAAAAACAAAAUUUAUGCAUUCAGUUUGAAAACAAUUGUAUGGCCAGAUGAAUUUUAUGUUUAAAUUUAGAAUACGCUGCAGUUUAUCUAAGUAGUUUAUUUUGCUUUGAUUCGCAUUUACAUGUAUCUAAUCUGUGAUAUUUUUGAGAAAAUGCGUUUAACUGUUAUGAGUUAUUUCACGUUUUUUAUUAAAACGUUAAGUUAAA